AGUAUUUCAAUUGGUUCUGCUGACAUCAAUCAAUUUACAUCACAUUAGUUGUUUUCAGCUCAUUAAAAGCUUCCCUGGAUUUAGGUUCCAGUCACUGUAUUUACCACCAGUACACCAGCACUGUGAGUUUGCCACUGACAAAGCUGUAUAUUCUACAGCUGAGAAGACACUGUAAAAAUGGAACUGGUUCUGACAAGACUUAAAGACUUCUCUUUGAAAUCUGCCACAUUCAACGACUGCAAAUCAGCAGAAAUUCCUUCUUUCAGAAAUUCCCAGGAUGACGAGGAAGAGAGCAGGCAGCAGAAGUUAGACAUUGAGAGUGCCUUGGCUUGGCUCAGAAAAGAACUGAUGGAGAUGCGCUCCCAGGACCAGAUGCUUAUUAAACAGUUGAUGGAACUUCAUAAUGGCAUCCAGGAAUUGAAACAGGAGUGUACUGAUGGAAAUGAUGUGGACUCUGAAAGCGAUACUGAGGACAGCAUCUAUUCCAGCUCAGGAGAUGUUUGUCCCAGUCCCUUCUCUGCAACAGCAUUGUACAUCUCCACCAGAAAGACCUCAAGCAGAAGAAGCUCAAUGCCUUAAUUGUGUCCUAUAGCAUGUAGGGUGUAAGGAAGAUGUUUUACUUUAAUAAUUUUCAGUAGACUUCGUAAAAUUCAGUAUAAUGCAGGAUUUAAAAUGCAGGUAAUUAAUGGAUGGUUCAUACACUCUGAUAAAUGCAUAUUAAAAGCCCAACUAUGUACAUAUUACAGAAACAAAUAUGGGUCUAAAGCAAUAGUCGAUGUCAUAUAAUACUAUUAUGGCUUUCAAACAAAUUCAUUUAAACUGUAAUUUGUGAUGGGAGAGGGUCAUUUUGUAAAUUUUCCAAAGAUGAAAUACUGUCAGCAAAUAAAGAAUUGUAAAUUACAAUAACAUACUUUACGGUAUUUGUUUGAAUAGUGUUCUAUUGUGAUAACCCAUCUGUGCUAGACAGGUGGAUUUGUUCACUGUCAUUUCUAAUUAGUUCUUGACAGAUACUCACUGUAUCACUGCAGGUGUUGAGUAUGCCACUUAAUAAAGAGCUUCAAAGACAUAUUUAUGUGUUUGCUUGUGUAAAUGGGAUUAUGCUUUUACAAGCACUUACAAACCUCAAUAUUUCAAGAAGUAAAGACAUUUUGAUGCCAACCUGACAAAGACACUGCUUCAUUUUUGUU